ACAUUGGUGUAUAUAUAUACGAAAUGUCGAUCCGUAAGCUGAAGGCCCGUCAGAUCCUGGACGCGCGGGGCGUGCCGACGGUCGAGGUAGAUCUCGUGACGGAGAUCGGUUUGCUGCGCAGUAGUGUGCCCAGCGCCGUCUUUCCCUGCGAGAACGAGGCCAAGGAAGUUCGGGACGGCGACGAGGCCGCGUACGGCGGACGCUCGGUUUUCAAAGUCGUGGAAACGAUAAACAACGUGAUCGCCCCCGAGCUGUUAAAGUCAAAGUUGUGCGUGAACCAGCAGCGGGAGAUCGACUUGCUCCUUCAAAACCUCGACGGGACGCCCGACAAGUCGAAGCUCGGGGUGAACGCGAUCCUCGGGGUGUCCAUGGCCUGCUGCAAGGCCUCGGCGGCCAAGAGGGGCCUGCCCCUCUACAGGUACAUAGCGAGCCUGUGCGAUAACAACGAGGUGUGCGUGCCAGUGCCGGUGUUCAACGUAACGAGCGGGGGACGCGCCGCGGGAAACAACCUCGUCUACCAGGAAUUUCUCAUUUUACCCACCGGCGCCCAGAGCUUCGCCGAGGCCAUGAGGAUGGGCACGGAGGUGUAUCGCGCGCUCGAGCGCCAGCUCGCGGAGAUGCAGGAGCUUAAGGUACCCCUUGGUAUCGUGGACACCGGUGGCUUUGCCCCCGAGUUGGAGGACGACGCGGAGGCCCUCGUGACGAUAGACGCGGCCAUCAGCAGCGCCGGCUACGACGGCAAAGUCUCGAUCGGGAUAAACCCCUGCGCCACGGCUUUUUGCAAAGACGGUAUGUACGACAUGGAGUUCAAGACGGACGAGUCCGACCCGGAGGACUACCUGGAGCCGGACGCCCUGAGGGAGCAGUACGCGGAGCUGGUGGGCCAGGUGCCGGCUCUGGUCUCGAUCGAGGAUCCCUUCGACCAGGAGGACUGGGACAGUUGGGCGGGGCUGGUCAGCCAGGCACCGGAGCUGCAGGUAGUCGCGGGCGAGCUCGUCGCCACGAACCCCGAGAGGCUGGAGGAGGCCGUCGAGAGGCAAGCGGCCAACUGCCUGCUCGUCAAGCUCGGCCAAGUUGGCACGGUCACCGGGGCUAUUGACUGCGUCAAGGCGGCUCGGGCAGCCGGCUGGGGCGUCGCCGUCAGCGCGGGUCAGGGGGAGACCGAGGACACCUUCGCGGCGGACUUUGCGGUGGGCGUCUCGGCCGUCCAGUUCAAAGCCGGGGCGCCCUGCCGUAGCGAGGCAGUCGCCAAGUACAACCAGAUCCUGAGGAUCGAGGAGGAACUCGGACAGCAGGCCUGUUACGUCGGCGACAAGUUCCGCGGCCCCUUCGCCGCUGCGUAGUGCCCUCGAAUUAUUAUCAUCAUGGUACAGGCAUUUAACCGCGCAAUAUAUACUCCUGGUACUUUGGAUUG